AUGGCAAGACUACAUACCACUACACACGUUUACAAAACCGUUAACGGGUUAGAGCUCACUAUUGAUGUUUCUACUCCUGCUACAGCACAAGACAACAAUGUUGCCCUUAUUCAUUUUCAUGGAGGGUUCUUGCUAUUAGGGAAGAAGACUUCGUUUCCGCCUUACUGGCUAAUUAACGCCUGCAAAAAGAGGGGCUGGACAUAUGCAACUGCUUCAUACCGGCUACUGCCAGAAGCAGGAGGCCACGAUAUUCUCGAAGAUUCCCUGGAUGCUGUUCGCUGGGUCUAUAACAACAUCUCGCGUCGAAUCAUCAUCGCCGGCUCCAGCGCAGGAGGCCAUGUAGCAUUCACAACAGCAGCCAGUCCAUUGUGUCCGAAGCCUCUCGCCCUGCUAUGCGUUUAUGGCAUGGUUGACUUUUUGAACAGUCGAUAUGUUCAUCCUGGACAGCGCCUUCGGGGAGGGAUUCCUAACGAAGACGAGAUAUUGAAAGAGAUCGAUUCAGCGAUACAAAAUGCUAAAAUAAUCGAUGGGUAUCCCAUGCCAGCUAAAUUAGAAGCGGAUCAACGAUUCAAAUGGGCUUCUACGAUGCAGCAGACGGCACAAUAUAUUGACGUGCUUACUCGUUCUCCUGGGUUGACGGAAAAGAUUGCAAAGGAAGGUAUUCAAGCAAUACCCGAGGAGCAUCGGGCACUGUUUCCAGCAACAUUCGGCUUGAAUGCAGACUUCCCCCCGACUGUUCUCAUUCAUGGAGAUGCGGAUGAUUUAGUCGACGUUGAGCUGAGUGCUUCCGUGGCUGCAAAGUUCCAAAAUGCUGGGCUUGAUGUUCAUUUUGAACGAGUCGCCGGCCAAGUGCAUGGCUUUGAAACCACAGAGAAUAUUAACUUGGAUGAUGAGAACAAUGUAGAAGAUCUGGGUGGAAAGCGAAAAAGUCUGAAAAGGGUUGUUGAGCUACUUGAACGUUACGCCAAGGAGAGCUGA